AUGAUCGAGAUGAAGGUGUCGAUCAAGGACUCGUCAUAUCCCAAUGGAAAGGGCGUGCACGGCUGCAGGCAAGAUGGGAAGCGGAGGCCCGUGGUGUCCCAAAACGUCUGCAGGGACUAUGUAUAUGGAGUGCAGAUGAUCUUCGCCGGGUGGUGGCUGAUCGGAGGAGGGUGGGGUCCAGUGAAGGUGCAGAUGACGCCGAACGCGGAUUCGGCUUCCGGAUGGGCCUUGACUGCGCCGGUGACUCGUCUCGAGUUUCUAUUGAUUUGCUGCACACCCUACGGCCACUGUAAGACACUGGUUGGAGCUGUCGAGGCAAAGACGGAUGGAAUGAUCCACCCGAGGAAGAUCGAAUCUGGAGUCCGGGAGCAAAAGCCGGACGGGGAGAAGAACACCGGGCUGUACGACUGUCGCAAGGGCCGAUGUUCCGGCUGGACGUUGAACCUUGAGCGCACCGCACGAUCCGAAAGGGUGCUCAGCGGGGGGGACUGA